CAACGAUCCCGUUAUUAUCAGCAUUGAUCCAACGGACCUCCACAGACUCCCCUUCCACCCCUCUCUCUCCACCCUCUUAUCCCAUUUUCCGGCGCCGGAAUAUUCCUCCGACCCUCCGUUUCCGCCUCCUUUCUCCUCUAACACUUCAAUUCCUUCUUCUUUCGCUUCACGAAGCUUUUUCCCCUUUUUCUGCAACUUCACUUUUUUCUUCCUUUCAGCUGUUUCGGCGGAGGAUUUUUGCUGGAUUUGCAGAGUUAUAGAAGCUGAUUGUGAAGUUAGGAAUCGAAAUCCAAACUUAAUUAGGUUUUUUUCACUUGCUUUUGCGAGUACAGAAUUUUUUCAAUUGGAAGUGAUUUGAUUUUCCCCAAUUUUGUGAAAUUGAGUUGAAAUUGGGAGUGAAGCAUCAAUGGCGGACUCAGAUAAUGAGUCUGGAGGGCACCGUGAGCACAAUUCGUAUCACGAAUUGUCCCCUCGGGAGCAGGACAGGUUCCUCCCGAUCGCGAACGUGAGCAGGAUCAUGAAGAAGGCGCUGCCGGCGAACGCGAAGAUAUCCAAGGACGCGAAGGAGACGGUGCAGGAAUGCGUGUCGGAGUUCAUCAGCUUCAUCACCGGCGAGGCGUCGGACAAGUGCCAGCGCGAGAAGCGGAAGACGAUCAACGGCGACGAUCUGCUGUGGGCGAUGACGACGCUAGGGUUCGAGGACUACGUGGAGCCGCUGAAGGUGUACCUGCAGAGGUUCCGCGAUCUGGAAGGGGAGAAGACGGCCAUGGCCGGGAGGGGGGAGAAGGAGAGCGGCGGCGGCGGCGGAGUGGUGAGUAUGGGGAGCAACGGCGGCGGGGGAGGGUAUGAGGGGAUGUACGGGAUGAAUGUGAUGAGUCAUCAAGGGGGAGGGGCGGUUUACGGGUACGGGCAGGUGGCGGGCGGUGGGAAGAUCGGGUCGGGUUAUCAUAUAGGAUCCGGGUCCGGUGGUGGCGGCGGCGGCGGAGGGAGGCCGAGGUAGCUUAAUUCAGUUGACUUGAUUAAUUAGAUAGGUAUUAUUAUAUUCAAAUGUAUUAUACACUGAUAUAAAUUAUGUUUAUAUUUUUGUAUUGCAUUUUGUAUGUAUAAUAGUAUGAAGAAUGGUUUGGUGUUGUGAAUGACAAUUACAUAUACA